AUGAAGUUUGGUAAAUAUCUUGCAUCUAGACAAUUAGAAUUACCUGAAUAUUCAGGUCACUUCAUAGAUUAUAAAUCAUUAAAAAAAUUAAUUAAACAAUUAGCUAUACCUAAAAAUUCAAAUACAAUAAAUGGAGAAGCUUCAAUUACUGAAAUACAACAGACAUUAAAAGAAAAUAAAGCAUCUUUCUUCUUUAGAGUAGAAAGAGAGUUAGAUAAGGUUAAUUCAUUUUAUCUUGAAAAACAAGCUAAUUUAUCGAUUAACUUAAAUUUAUUGAUUAUGAAAAAGAAUGAAAUUUUUACAAAGGCUAAUAAUUAUAUAAAACAAAAUGACAUAGAACAUGGACUGGGGAAUAAUAAUCAAAUAAUAACUAACUUCAAAAACUCCAUAUCUUUUUUGAAUCUUUAUCAAAAUUUUAAAAAAAUUCAUCAGGAUUUAAUUAGAUUACAACAAUUUAUAGAGUUAAAUGAGACUGGUUUUUCCAAAGUUGUUAAGAAAUGGGAUAAACGAUCAAAAUCACAUACUAAGGAAUUGUUUAUAUCUACUGCUGUUUCUGUUCAACCCAUAUUUCAUAAAAAUGAGAUUAAUGAAUUGAGUGAUUUAGUUACUCAGUCACUUUUUGAUAUCGAAAGUAUAAUGGAUGGAGAUUAUUCUUGUUUAUUAAACUAUAAUGAUUUAUCUAAACAAAUUCAACAACAACAACCGGAAGAGACUGAAAAUCAAGUUGUUGAACCACCUUCUUCACCUGGUGAAAAACCAAUAUUCACUCGUCAUUCUUCAAUUACUGCUUCUUCAAUGAGUAAUAAUUCCGAAAUUGAUGAAUUAUAUUCUAGUUUUGUUAAUGUUGCAACUAUAAAAGAUCCAGAUAUGUCAUUAUUAGCAAGGUGGGUAGACAAAGUAAAUGGUUCAAAUAAAGGAAGUGAAAAAUUUACCAAUGAGAUAAGAAGAAAAGUGUCUAAGAUAUUCUUACUUUCCAUCACCAAUUUAAAGAUUUCUGAUCAAUUUCUUGAGACAUUUUUAAAGUUGAUUAAUUUUGAUAUUGAUUUUAAAUUCAUAAAUCAUGAUUUUAAUAAUAAUAAAACUAUCCUACAUGAAUGUUGUUCAAUACCAAUAGUAAAUCACAAUGAGAAUGUAAUUAUAAAUAAUGGAGUGAAAGUAGUUAAUCAAGAUUCAAUUAAUCAUACUCGAUAUUUCAUUGUAAAAUUCAUAAUUGAUAAUAUUUCACCUACUGAUGAAAAUUUAUUAAUAUGUAAAGACUUUAAUGGAAGAAAUUGUUUACAUUAUGCUUCCCAGAAUAAUCGAAGUGAUUUAUUAAAUUUAUUACUUCCCGUGUUUCCAUCAUCACAUGUUGACGAUUUAGAUAAUGAUUCAAUGUCACCAUUAUUAUUAGCUAUAAAACAUGGGAAUUUGAAUAUAAUUAAAAAUCUCGUCCAAUAUGGAUCAAAUCCAUUUCCAGAAGCAAAUAAGGAAAAAUUACAAUACCUCCCCAUCAAUUAUGCUUGUAAAUUUGGUGAUUUUAAUUUAUUAGAUUACUUAUUAUCAAAUUUGAAAAAUGUUAAUUUUAAACGAUUAUUAAAUCAACAAGAUGUUGAAGGAUUAUUACCAUUACAGGUAGUUUCAAGAGCUGGUCAUUAUCAAUUAAUUAAAUUAUUAAUUCAAUAUGGUGCUGUAGUUAAUAAAUUAGAUGGACUUAAUAAAUGGACUCCAAUUUUUUAUGCUGCCUCAGAAGGACAUGUAAAGACAACUCAAGAAUUGAUUAAAUUUGGUGCUAAAUUGAAUAUAGUAGAUGAGGAUGGAUAUAAUGUAUUAUAUUAUUGUGUUGUUGAAGGUCACAUUGAAGUAAUUAAUGUAUUACUCAAGUAUCGAAAUGAGUUGAAUAUCGAUAAUAAUUCAAAGUUGCAAUCUUCCAUCAUUCAAGAUUCAAGUUCAAUGGCUAUAUUAGGUGAUGUAAACGAAGCUGAUGAUUCAGAUGGUGAAGAAGAUUCAGGAAGUCUAGAAAAAGCAAAUAAUAAUAAUGUAGAUAUUCCUGAUUUACAAUUACCACCACCAAUAUUACCAUUAAGAAGAUAUGGACAUAAUUUCCUAGAACAGAAAGUAUUAAUUGAAUUAAUAUUUUCAAAUGAUUCGGAAUUUAUAAAUUUAUUUAAUUUAUCUACUGAUUUAAAACCAGGUAGAAUUACAUUAACUUCAAAUAUAUCAGACAUUGUUCCACGUAAUAUAUUAUUACCUAUCAACGAUGAAAAAUCAAAUAAUAGUAACAAUUGCGUAUUUCAAACUGAUGUGGAAAGCUUAAAUGAAUUCAGGAUAGAUUUUGAAAUAUUUCCUAAAUUUGGAACUAGAUUAAUUGCAAAAACAACAGCCCUUAAUUUUUCACAGAUAGAUACAACAUCACCAGAAAUUAAUUCAAUACAAUUACCACUUUUUGAUUUAAGAUUAAGAAAUAUUGGACAAUUGAAAUUUAGCUAUCAAGUUAUUUUCCCAUUUUCAGGUACAUUAUUAGAAACUUCAAAAUUUGAUACUUAUUGGAAAUCAUCAACCAAUUUUGUUAAGAAUAGACAGCUGAUAAAAUUAAAUGCAGCUGGUGGAUUAAGUCCAAAUAAUUUCUUGAGUCCAAAUGCAAGCACAAUAAUGCCACCAAACACUGAAAUACCAACAUCUCAACAACCACAAAUAUCAUCAAAUUCAUCAAUAGUCACAGCUACAUCACUAUCUGGAGAAUACCUCCGAGUUAAAAUUUGUCUUUUAAAUGAUGGUACACCUAUAGUUUGUCCACAUUGGUCAAUUUCAAUAACUGAAAAUAUUGACUUGUAUUUACCUAAUUUAUCAUUGGAACAGUUGACUUCAAUAACAAAUGACUUAUUCGAUUAUUCAAAAGUAAUUAAAGAUUUAUCGAAUAUGACAAUUGAAGACAUUUCAUACAUUAAAAAACUACUCAAAAUAAUUUACCUCCCCUUAGACAUCAUAUUAGAAGUAUUAAACAUUGAAAUCAAUCUCAAUCUUGAGCUUGUAUUUCCUAGUCUGUACGAGUUGGAUACACUUCCCUUUAAUGGAAAUUUACAAAACAAUCUAAAUAAUUUCAUAGAUUUCACGCUUAAUGAUGUGUUCAAUCAUAUUAGAUCAAGUAAAAAAUUUGGAACAAGAUCAAUUAUAUUCCUAUCUUCAAAUUCACUAAUUUGUAAAAUUUUAAAUUGGAAACAACCAAAUUUCCCAGUUUUUUUGAUAAUGAAUGGAAUAACAUAUGACUCCAAACUGAAUGAGUUUGAAAAAAGGUCAACUAAUGGUUUGAAAAUCCAAAAUGAAAAAAUUGAUAAUUAUCAAGAAUUGACUAUUCGAUCAAUUAAAGAAGCUGUUAAUUUCACAAUAAACAACAAUUUAAUAGGAUUGAUAACGAGCAUACAUUUAUUGAAUUUGGUUCCGAAAUUGAUUCCUUUGAUAAGGUCAAGAGGGUUGAUUCUUGUUGCUUCUUCUGACAACAUUGAAGAAAAUGAAAAACAGGAUGAGUUGCUUAGGAAAGAAUUGGAUUGUUAUACUAGGACUGAAAUUAAUGGAUUGAGAUUUGAUGAUGUUUUGAGUUUUAAAGAGGAUAUAACUAUGUAG